AUGUUAAAUUUAAACAGAAGUAAUUUUCAAGCACAUCCUUUUCAUUUAGUAUCUCCUUCUCCAUGACCUUUAUAUACAUCCAUUAGCUUACUAACACUUACUACAUCUGCAGUUUUAUCAUUCCAUGGGUUUGCUUAUGCAGAAUACAAUUUAAUGAUGAGUUUAACAUCAUUAAUAUUAGCUAUGUCAUUCUGAUGAAGAGAUGUAAUAGCAGAGGGUACAUACUUAGGUAAUCACACUCUUGCUGUCCAAAGAGGGUUAAAUCUGGGUGUUGGUUUAUUUAUAGUAUCUGAAGCUUUAUUUUUCUUAGCUAUAUUCUGAACAUUCUUCCAUAGUGCUCUAUCACCUGCAGUAGAGUUAGGUGCUAUGUGACCUCCUAUGGGAAUAGAAGCUAUUGAUCCUUUUGAACUACCAUUAAUAAAUACAGUGCUUUUAUUGGCUUCAGGGUUUACUGUUACAUAUGCACAUCAUUUUUUAAUUAACGGAAAAAGAAGUAAAGCUUUAUAUGGUCUAUUAUAUACUAUCAUAUUAGCAACUAUAUUUACAGCACUACAAGGUGUUGAAUAUUCAGUAUCAUCAUUCACUAUUUCAGAUGGAGCUUUUGGAUCAUGUUUUUACUUUGGAACUGGAGCCCUUACGAUAACAAUUAUUGUACAUGUAAUGAUAGGUACAGCAUUUUUAGCUGUUGGUCUAUGACGUGUAUUAGCAUAUCAUUUAACAAAUAACCAUCAUUUAGGAUUAGAAGCUGGUAUUCUGUAUUGACAUUUUGUUGAUGUUGUAUGACUAUUUCUAUUUGUGUCCAUAUACUAUUGAGGAUCUUAA